AACUUGCUCUUUGGGUUUUGAAUCUCUCUUCUUCUAGCAGUUUCUCCCAUCGCCAUGUCGGAAACCGCUCCUGCUGAGACGGCUGCCCCGGCGCCGGUGGAGAAAUCUCCUGCCAAGAAGAAGUCUACCAAGAAAUCCGCGAGCGGUGGCGCGGCUAAGCGCAAGGCGACCGGGCCCCCAGUUUCCGAGCUGAUCACUAAGGCUGUGGCCGCUUCCAAAGAGCGCAAUGGCCUUUCUUUGGCAGCGCUCAAGAAGACACUGGCAGCUGGCGGCUACGACGUGGAGAAGAACAACAGUCGAAUCAAGCUGGGUCUCAAGAGCCUGGUGAGCAAGGGUACCCUUGUGCAGACCAAGGGCACGGGUGCUUCCGGCUCCUUUAAGCUGAAUAAGAGGGCGCCCACCGGGGAAGCCAAGCCGAAAGCCAAGAAGGCGGGGGCUGCUAAAGCGAAAAAACCCGCAGGGGCCACCCCGAAGAAGUCCAAGAAGGCUGCGGGAGCGAAGAAAGCGGUGGUGAAGAAGACUCCCAAGAAGGCGAAGAAGCCCGCAGCCGCUGGCGUCAAAAAGGUGGCUAAGAGUCCCAAGAAAACCAAAGCCGCGGCAAAGCCGAAGAAGGCUGCCAAGAGCCCCGCUAAGCCUAAGGCAAUGAAGCCAAAAGCGGCGAAACCCAAAGCUGCCAAGCCUAAGGCAGCAAAACCCAAAGCUGCAAAGGCCAAGAAGGCGGCUCCCAAAAAGAAGUAG